AUGACAGCGAAACCCCCGUCACCAAGGAUCUGCCUCAACCAUGCAGGAGCUUCGCCUUCCUCCAAAUCUGUCGUCGAUCGCGCAGUGGCACAUUUAAAACUAGAGCAAACAGUUGGUGGAUAUGCAGCUGCUAGGGAUGUGGCUGACGAACUGGAAAGUGUGUAUGAAAGUGUCGCAAAUUUGAUACAAGCAAGAUCCAAAUCCGAGGUGGCCCUGGUAGAGAGUGCGACUGUUGCAUGGACGCGAGCAUUUUAUUCCAUGAUGGAGCAACAACUUAAGAAGAAUAGAAACUACCAAGGCGUCAUUCUGAUCAGUGAAGCAGAGUAUGCAGCAAAUGUUGUCGCUGCGUCAGAAUGGGCCCGAAAUCAUGGUUGGUCUGUUCUCGCAAUUCCAUCAACCAAGACCAAAGAUGGUGCAAGCACUGGUGUAGUAGACUUAGAAGCGUUGCACUCAAUGUUAUCUGGUACUUAUGAGUACCAUAUAGGCGGUGAAAAUGUCCUUCUGGACCCGGAAAGGAUAGCUAUUGCUUGCAUUACCCAUGUGCCCACGAACUCAGGAAUCGUCAAUCCGGCUCAAGAGAUUGGUCAACUCCUACACGAAUACAAUUUGAAGCAUGGCACGGACUCUGAACCACAAAUAUUCUACUUGGUCGAUGCAUGUCAGGUACGAUAG